CGUGAUGCCAUUAGGGAGGAAUUUUUCUAUUGGUUCGGAUUUUAUGGAUAUGCAAUAAUACACUUUGUUAUUAACUACUACGCCUAGGAACGUCCGCGCUCUUUUAUUCCGUCUUUUUUGGGCCCCUCCUAGUAUCUUCAAGUAUCUGCAAGUCUACCAUAUUUGUAGAUCUGAAAUGUUGCAGAGGUGAUUUAUCUGUAAUUUUUCCCCAAGCUGUUAAAUAAUAUAAAAAUAAAAUGAGAAACUAGAUAAUAUUUGUUUCAAUAAAAUUUACAAAGUCAUAUCUAUUUUGAUAUUAAAGGCAAUUUUUAUUUUUCAGGAUUGGGAUGGUUUGGAUAUUAAAAUUUCAGCUGUGUGAGAUGGAUAAUGAGCGUAGCUUCUUGGGUUACACGAAUACAACUGUCAGUAUUCAUUCUCAAAGAACCUGUGCAUAGGACCUAAAAAUAUCAUCAUUAAAAAUUCAAUUUAUAAUAGGGAUGUCGUGGUGGUUGUGCUUUAUGGUAGUAUUAGCGGCAAAUUUUUAUGAAAUUUCGCCAGGCCCGGCUUGCAGAAUAAGUGAAUUUCCUUGUAGGAAUGGAAGAUGCAUUCGUCUCAAUGCGUACUGCGAUGGAACUAACGAUUGCGGCGAUGUGUCUGAUGAACCACCUUUUUGUACAGUCUGUAAUCGAACUUAUUAUGGAGAUGUGGGGAAAACGUACGCUCUAAGAGUUUUGAAGCAACCAGAUGCACGAUAUCCUUUCUUAUGCCACUUGACCUUCACUGCCAACGGACAAAAUCAUGGAGAUAUAAUCCAGUUAAUUUUCGAUGAAUUUAAAGUAGGCCGAUACGAAGCUUCUGCCCUGGACGGUUGCCCAGAUGGAUACAUGCAACUGAGUGAAUUAGGUCGUCCAUUUACAGGAGGUUCCUGGUGCGGCACAUCAUCAGGACCCGCUGCCUAUUACAGUGAAACCUCAACGGUGACUGCAUCGGUAAAAUUAUUCGGUUUGACUGACGCAUCGUUUGCCUUUCAGCUUAGAUAUAGAUUUUUUUCUAAAAAAGAAGCUAUAGUUCGUUUUGGUUUGCCAGGAGCGCCUAUAGAACGGGGACAAAUUGCUCCUGGUACGUAUUGUACAAGACAGUUCGAAGAGUGUUAUAGAAAGCCAUGUAGGUUGCAGUCUCCGAACUAUCCCGGAAUGUACCCUAGAAACGUAUCUUGCUACUGGAGCCUACGACAAAAAUUCGUACCAACUUGUAAGCACGCAAUGAUCUCCGUAAGGCAAGAAGCCGUUCAUAAAAUGCAGAUGAAAAGAUCAAUAAAUGUAGCUGGGCUGAAUAAAACAGAAAGAAUAUUAAGGGCUUGGAGAGAUUGUACUGGAGAAAGAGACCAUUUGAUAUUUUACGAUGGAGGUUCAACAAAUGACGCAGUUUUAGCUAAAUAUUGUGGAGGAGAUUGGUUACCAAGAGUCGUUUCCCGAGGGCCAGAAAUGCUGGUUGCAUUUCAUUCAUCACCAUUUAGUAUACCUUUGCACUCGCCAUCUUCCCAAUCACCAUUGAGAGGAUUUGAAUUAGAUGUAGAAGUAAUUUUUGUGGAUUCUGAUUCAUUAGAUUUUUCGCGUCAGAAUACAGAUUGUAUGUUUUAUGUAAACGCGACCAGUCCUGAUAGCGACGAAAUUUGGACUGGAAGUGGCAGACGAGGAAGAUUAGUUAGUCCUAAACAUUCUCUGCCUCCAAAUUCGACAUGUGUAUAUAAAUUUUUCGGUUAUCCCGAUGAUUUAAUUUGGAUAUCUUUUAUUUCUUAUAGUCACAAAGCUUUAUUGGUAGGUGAUAAUACACAAACACUAAUUAGAAAUGAUACUGCUAGUUAUGGUUGCUCAACACGAAUUAGAAUUUGGGAUGGAACAAGUUUGAUAGAAGAUAAGUGUGAUGAAUCUCCACGGUUGUGCGAUCAUAGUGCUUUAAGUAAUACGUCAAGGGUUACGAGGCCAUGCAGCAAAGUGGAGAGUUACUUGACAAUCGACAGAAGUUUAGUUAUUCAUCAUUAUACUGAAGAUGGCACAGCGUUACAUCCUGCGUAUUUCAAACUUAUGUACGAGUUUGUGGACACUAAGUUGGGAGGGGAGCCUUGGUCGAAGAAAUACGAAGGCGGAGUGUGUCAUAGAGUGUUUAGAAAACAACAUGUCGGAGACGUAAUUUCUCCAAACAAUGUUUUUCUUUACGGUAGAGGGGGUGCAAAAGAUUUAGAUUGCGUUUACAGAUUCGAAGCUGAAAAUGGCGAAAGAAUACGUUUAACUUUAUAUAACGCAUCUUUUGGAAUUAAUCCGAGUUGCGAUACCGUGAUCGAUCCUCAUACAGGUAGACAGAUAUGCGAAUUUUAUGCUGGAAGCCGUUUAGCUGAAUUAAACAUAUUUGAACGGCCAUGGGAAGAUUAUAGAAUACAAAAGACCUGUAUCUGUGAUAACCUAACUUUAUCGAGUAAACCAUUAGUAUUCGUUUCUGCCUCUAGGGUUGUAGAACUCCAAUUUACUGCCAAAGAUAUGAACAUAACCGAAGAUUUUACUGUAAUACAUUUCCACGUUUUGUUCGAACUGAUUAAAAUGACUGAUUGCCCGAGGAAUCAAAGAUUGAGUACAUACGGAGGGGACGUACACUUUUAUUCGCCUCCCAAAAAAGACGAUGAUACGUUGUGUGCUGGAUUACCAUGGGUUGUAGAAUCGAGGUAUAACAGAAGCUUAUUUUUGCUAAGCUGGGGUGCAUUCUUACCGCUAAAGCCUCGUUUGGAUGAGACAACUAGAUGCCCGUCUAAUAACAGAGUUAUGAUAUACUCUGGACGACCACCGAAAUUGAUAAGGGUUGUGUGUCCAGCAGAACCAGGUACUAGACCAUUAGCAGUGCAUGUGUUUAGCGAGGAAUGGUGGGGAGAGGCACAAGCAGCAAUAUCGCAAAGACCGCCAAAUUUUAUGAUAGAAUGGAUAGGAAUUGAGCCCGGAGUAGCUGCAUUUAGUUGGCUGGAGAUAUCUAGACCCAGAUCGUCCUUGCUGCACCAAUUACAGGUACCAGUGAAUGCUAGCGGGAACGAAACAGAUCUUGAAUGCGCCCAUAAGUGCCCAGAGCUGGACGCUUGCAUCAGCUCAUCUCUUUGGUGCGACGGGAAGGAUCACUGCCCGUCGGGUUUCGACGAGUCGGAGGCACAUUGUGGCGCCACAUCAAAAUUACUAAAUUCCCUGCCACUAUCUGCUUUAGCUGCAGCGACCGCUGUGAUAUCUUCAAUCAUUAUUUUAGUGUGCUUAAUACUGCACCGAUCGCGCGCUCGUCACCGACGACGACUAGCUAAGAAGAAACUGUUGACUGGUCCUAAAUUAUUAGACACUGGUAGUUUAAAUUCCUGACAUAAGGUUCCUCCUGUAGAAUAUAUUCAUGUGGAUCGGGAAACAACCGUAUGAAAGCAGGAGUUAACCGAUUCAUCCGUCCCAAUGCUCACUUUUUAUCUACUGGUGCCUUUCUGUGAUUUACAACGGUUACACGUGAUAUCUUCACACAUUUACAUCAUACUUAGAUAAGAACCUAGAAUAAAGUAAGGAAUGUGGAAUACUAGUUAUCUAAUAGAAACUUUUUACUAGAAAUAGAUGGUUCUUUAAUUUAAUAUAGGUAUAAUAAGUAAUGCACCAAUUUCUUAGCGAGCGAGCCACAAUCAUGUUAUCUAAUUUUUUUUAUAAUUUGUUUCAGUAUUGCAAUAUCUACACAAUAUAUUAACGAUUUUAGAAAUGCCUUUAGAUAAUCGAUUUACAUGUUCAAUAAUUUUUUACAAAUUUCUAGACAUUUAUAUUAUUUAUUUACUAAUUGGAUAGUCAAAGUACAAAAUAUGAAGCCCCAAAUACAGUUUAACAAAAAAAAACCAAAAAUUAUCAUAGAGUAUACCUUAAAGAGUUGUACUACAUUAAUCAGUUUUAAAAGAUAAUAUAAUUCUCACUUCUGAAAUACCUUAUUAUCAUAUUCUUCCCUUAAAGACAUCUUAACAUUUAUUUGAAACGUCUGUACUCAUUGGUUCAUGGGUUAGUGGUGAUAAAUUAUAUCUACUUCGUGCAAUUUCUUUUUUUUAAUUUUCUAUCUUUGUUUUGAAAUUCCUGAAAUUACCCAGACAGCACACAUUGUCCUCCAAUGAACGUCCAUUUUAUAUUAAUUUACAACCGUAUUUGGACGUCCAGUAUACAUCCGUUUAUGAACAUUAAUUUAAUAUCCAGUGGACGUCCAUUUUUGGACAUAAGUAUAAGUUUAGUACAUGAUUAGUAGUAUUUUGAGAUCCAUCUUAGGUCAUUAUUUAUUUAGUUUACCAGAAAAUACCUAUACACACUUUCUUUUUUUUUUCAAAAUGUAAUUGGUCAUUAAAAAUUAAAAAAUUGAA